AUGGAUUCUCCUUUGAACAUAGAAUUAAACAGAAUAAUGCAAAUUGUAUUAGAAACAAUUAGAAUCAAUCGAUCAACAACAGUAGACGUAUUAUUAGAUGCUUUAAAAUUAAAUUACCCAAACGUUAACACCAUUCACUUGCAAUACAAACUCAAUAAAGUAAUUCGUGAACUGAAAAAUGAAAACGUAAUUCAUGAAAUCAAACAAAAAAUAGACUUUGCAAAUGUUCAUUGUUGGACAAAUAUGUUUUUGAUUGAUUUGAAUAUAAUUCAGUGCCUGAAAGUACUUGAUAACUUUUAA